AUGACGGCAUUCAAACCUCUUCUAUCACCGUUUCAUGUCUCGAAGGAGCCGAAAAACCCUCGGGGAGUACUUCGGCUCCCACGAAACAUUCCUUCAACAUCAGUAGUAAUUCGCGACAAUUUUACUCUUUCGACCUGGCUUUUCUUGGGAGGACUCCUACAAGGGCUCGCCGUGAUAAUCUUCGGCACCUACGCCCUCAUCCCGACAAUGUUAAUCCUCCUAUACCGCACAACCGACCACUUGCUGAUGGCUGCCAACAUUACCCGCAACCGCUACAUGGACGGUGUCAUGCAGACAAAAGCCUCCGCGCAAGCCCCCGAUGCAAACGGCACCUUCGGAAAGGAAAUCGCCUCCGAGUCGAUUGUGGUCUUUCACCUAGGCACACGCUCAAACCACCCUCUCGGUCUUCUCGCCCCAGGCUUCUCCGAAUUGAACAGACAAGUCAUAGCGAUGAAUCGCGAGAUGAACUCUGACCCUGUCAAGUACGGCCUCCUCGGAACCUCAGCCUGGGGUAAGCAGGACGACCCCGCAGGUAAUGAGCUUAUGGCAAUUUACUACCUCCGGGAUUACGAUGCGUUACAUCGGUUUGCGCACGGCCCACUCCACGUGGAGGGCAUGAGGUGGUGGACGAAGAUCGUUAAGGAUCAUCCACAUAUUGCGAUUUACCAUGAGACAUAUCUUGUGCCUAAGGGGAAGUGGGAAAAUAUCUAUAUUAACUCGAAACUGACAGGCAUGGGGGAUACGUGGUUUCCCGUCGUUGAGAAGGAGGAGGGAGAGGAGGGUGGGGUGUCGCGGUUUGUAAGGCCAAUUGUGGAUGCAAAGCAUCCCACCCUGAGAUCUGCCGCCCGGAGGCUGGUGAUGCGUCAGUUGGAGGGGGCUGAGAAGGGAGAGGAUGACUUGUAUGACAGGACGUGGUAG